CACUUCCCUCAUCCCCCAUUCACACUAUAUAUCCUCCAACUCUCUCCUUAGCCUUCAUCAUCUCUCUCUCUCUCUCUCUCUCUUUGGUCUAUACCUACAACAAUGAGGAGUCCUUGUUGUGAGAAGCAAGGCAGCAACAGGAGAGCGUGGAUAAAAGAAGAGGACAAGAAGGUCGUCGACUGCAUCAGAGUGCAUGGCGGAGCCAGUUGGAGAUCAGUACCCCGGGGUGCAGGACCUCUUCGACGCGGUCAGAGUUGCAGGCUACGUUGGAGCAAUUGCCUCCGUCCUGAUGUGGGAGGAGGGUGCUUCGAGGAGGACGAAGAGGACCUCAUCAUCAAGCUCCACGCUUUACUCGGCAACCGGUGGUCGUUGAUAGCCGGGAGACUGCCGGGACGAUCCGACGACGAGAUCAAAAACUACUGGAACUCUCAUCUGAGGAAGAAGCUCAGAAGCAUGGGUGUCGAUCCGGACAACCACCGGGUGACCCAGAACGUGCUGCUCCGUCGAUCCCAGAGCUCGCACAGUGCAACUCUAUCGAGCACCAACGACGCCACCAAUGAGCGGGUGGAGUGCUGCUGGCGCUUCAACCCCGCGACGGAGGGCCACCGGGUUUGCUACGCCGACGGACGUCCGGAGGAGAACUGCAACGGCGGGUUGCCCGAUCUGAACCUUGACCUUACCAUCUCCCUGCCAUCUUCGCUUGUAGAGAAGAGACCAGGCUCGGAGGAUUCGACCGACCCAGCACGUCUCGAGAACCCAACGCUCCUCCUCUUUCCAUAACUCGGUUGCACGUACGACGUGGAGUGAUGGUGCAGCGUACGAAGGUCUCGGUUAUGGAGUAGCGGAGAAGAGGGCUGCGGUUGCUGAGCAGCGGAGGCACUACGUACAAUCUGACGUGUACUGUUCGAUUCUAUUGUAGCUUAAAUAUAUUAUUUUUAUCCCUCAAGUAUCUCCGAAAAAUCAACGAAUAGAUGGGAUCGAUUACAUAUGAAG